UGGCGGGCAUGGCUGGGGGGCGGCGGGCGGCGGGGCUCGCCCUGGGCUGGGGCUGCUGCCUCCUGCUCUGCUGCGCUGCAGCCAGCAAGCUGGAGGUCUCCAUGCCAGCCGAGGUCGAAGUGGAGGUCGGAGGCACGGCCAGGAUCGAGUGCAACUUCUACAUCCCUGGGAAUGGUUCCUACACCUACAUCAACUGGUUCUACGUGGACCGCACCAACAGCCCGGUGAGGCUGUGCCACGUCACGGACACCGAGGUCCUGAGGGAUGACACAGCCUACAAGGAGAGGCUGUCGGUGGGGGAGGACAAGGCCCUGUCCAUCAGCAAGGUGACCACGCAGGAUGCCAGGACCUUCGUGUGCCAGGUCGGAGCGGGGAGCUCCGGCGUGGGCGAGAACCGCACCGAGCUCCACGUCUACAAGGUCCCCGAGACCCCUGAGAUUGAGCCCAACCCGGCAGGCAUCUCUGUGCAGAGCAGUGACAACUCACUGAUCGCCAGGUGUGAGAGCAAGAACAGCUUCCCACCCCCCAACAUCACGUGGCACAAGAACGGGGAGCAGCUGCAGCUGCAGGACAGCCAGGUGAAGUACACGCGGAUCCGCGAGUCCAGCGGGCUGUACACCGUGACCAGCACCCUGUUCGCCCCCGUCACCCGCGAGGACCGCGACUCGCGCUACCACUGCACCGUGCACUACUGGCUGAGGGGGCAGAGGCACGCCCUGGAGUCCCAGAAGGUCCAGAUCACCGUCUUCUACCCCGCCGAGCACCUGACGCUGCAGGUCGUGCCGUCCUCGGCGCUGGUGAAGGAAGGGGACAACGUGAAGCUGGUCUGUGAGUCUGAUGGGAACCCACCUCCUGUCUUCAGCUUCUUCAAGAAAGAGCUGGACGACUGGCAGGACCUGUCGUGGUUGGCAGACCCCAACAGCGGGGUCCUGACCCUGCACGGCGUGAACAAGAGCAGCAGUGGCGUCUACAAAUGCCAGAGCCUGGACCUGGAUGACAUGAAAGAGCUAGAGAAGAUUGUGGAGCUUGUUGUGAACUACAUCGAAGGGGUCCGUGUGAAGAUGGAGCCGUCCUCCUCCCUUCAGGAAGGGGACAAUGUGACCCUGAGCUGCAAUGCCCACAGCCCCGUGGCCCUGAACUACCAGUGGAUUGACAAGAAGGGCAGGAUGGUGGCGGAAGGGAAGCAGCUCACCCUGAAAAACCUCACCUUCGAGACCUCCAACAACUUCAGCUGCAAGGUGGUGGCCCCGAGCGUGCCAGGGCUGGAGCAGAGCAAGCAGGUGUCCGUGGCUGUCCAGGGCAAGCCGCGGAUCGUGGCCAUCAGCAGCUCCCCGCUGUACGUGCGGCAGGACGAGGUGGUGAACCUGACCUGCAAGGCCAUCGCCUUCCCCCGGCCCUCUGUCCGCUGGAACGUCAAUGGCACGGCUCACGAGUACGUUGACAACCAGCACAUCGCCAGCAACCUGACGGUGCGUGUGAGCCACGACCUCCUGAGGGCCGGGGCCAAGUGCCGCGUCUCCAACGAGCUGGGGGUCAGCGAGAAGCACAUCCAGCUGCUGGUGGAGUCUGUCAGGAAAGAUCAAAAGACAACAGCAGAGAGCCAGGGGGUGAUCAUCGUGGCCAUCAUCGUGGCCAUCCUGGUGGUGGCCGUGCUGGGCGCCGUCAUCUACUUCCUGCACAAGAAAGGCAAGAUCCCGUGUGGCCGCGCUGGGAAGCAGGACAUCACAAGGCCAGAGGCACGUAAAGACAAGAUUGUAGUUGAAGUUAAGUCAGAUAAACUUCCCGAAGAGGCGGGGCUCCUGCAGGGCGCCAACGGCCAGAAGAGACCCGGCGCUGACCAGAGCGAGAAAUACAUCGAUCUGAGGAACUAGAGAGGAAACCCACCAAGUGCUUUCUGCCUUCAAAACCUUUCCUGCUCUUGGAUUGCCUUCUCCCACCCCUGCUCCAUCCAGCACCUGGGGGGGCACGGCCAGAGACCACUGGUGUGUCACAGUGCUGAGCCCCAGCAUGCAGGGGACACCUCCCUGCCCUGCCCCUCCGUUACCUCAGCCGUGGGCUUGCAGGCGUUGCCUUAGCAAAGCUGGACUUGCUUUUACUACUCCAGAGAAGCCACAGCAAUAUUAGGAAGAAAUAUCCCGUUAAGCUACUUGGUGGAAGGAUUUGAGGCUUUUUUUUUUUCCCUCCCCUCCCCAUCCCCAGGUAAUCUGUUCUGUACAUGUGUGUGGGGAAGGGUUUCAUGCGUGGGUUUGUUGGUUUUUUUAUUUUUUCACCCCGACCUCGCUCAGAGAGGCUGUCGAGAUGGGAUUUUUGGGAUUUUUGGGACGUGCCAGGCACCUCAGCUGUGGUGGUGAGCAGGUUAGAGGAGGAGCAGCGGGCAUGGGGUGGGUUAGGGCGGCGUUUGGGGGAGGUUUUCGUGCUUUGCUUUGCCUUUGAGCUGUUCCUGUCUCGGUUAAGCCCGGGCGGUGCCGUGCAGGGAGGGAGCUCCCCGACAGGACGAGAGGAGCUGGCAGAGCCAGGGUGGGGUGCCCAUCUCUCUCCAGGCACGUGCCAGACCCAGCUUGUCUGGUUUGAAUUGGUGUUUUUUUUUUUAGGGGGGCCUGCACAGCAGCCCCCUAUUUUCAAAUUUCCAACUAGCUCUAGACCAGGGCCAGUCAGUGAUGUCUCAGGGUUUUUAUUUGUCUUGCCAGCCCCGGGUAAAAUUGGUUUAUUGCUGUGCUUUGGUGGCACCUCUGGCCCCGCGGCCAGGCUGCUGGGGAGGGCACAGGGGCGAGAACGUGCCUUUAGCUCGUGCCACGGGCUGUGCCAGCCUUCCACCCGCAGCUGUGGCUCUCUCUGCUGCCUCUCAAUGCCCGUCCCCAGAGCUCUGGUGCCCGCCAGCCUUGGCCCCUGCGUGCCAGGAGCACCGUCCCUGUGCCACCGCCUGCUCCACGUGGUGUCCCAGCAAAAGCUUUGGUUUAUAUAUAUAUAUAUAUAUAUUUUUGUUGGACUCGUGUGUACAUUUUCCAGAAGUUUUGUCUGAUACUUGCAAGGUUUUGUUUUUGUUUUGUUUUGGUUUUUGUUUUUUUUUUAUAUAUAUAUAUAUGUGAAAAUAAAGUACAAAUUCAAGGCUGAGUUCGGAGUUUGUUCCCCCCACCCUGGGGGUGGGAGGGGCAGAGGGGUCUCCCCCAUCAUUCCUCAAUCCCACCAAGGCUCUAACACGAGAUAUUUAUGCCCCUGUAGCUGCUGAUAAAUGUAAUACACCAGUGACUAUCAGUACUAAUAAAUCUACUAAUUAUUCUAGUAGAUAAUCAGAGCUUUAGAUGGCAAUAUGGGAUUAUGCUACAAGUGGUGGUAGGUACUAAAAGAGAAUAUUGACAAUAAAAUUCAGCAGAUCCCAACUGUAGAAACUACUAAUAGUU